CACACUCACUCAAUCACUCUCUCUCUCACACACAAACACACAUCAGUUCUCUGAAAGCGAAGAUGGCAUCAUGGAUGGCCGGAAAAGCCCUAAAAGCCCUAAAUCCCUUCGCUCUGAGAACCCUCACCUCCUCCGCGCGCAGCUUCAGUGUCGCCGUGGCAUCCGGCGACUCCGAGAGCGAUCAUUCAUCAUUCACCUUCUCCUCCAAAGAUCCAAAACCCGGCGAGGGAGACGACACAAUAUACGUGAAGGGGCGGGAAAGGGCGUCCGGUUCCGUGAGCAUGCCGAUGUCGUUCAUGACAGGCUCGAUUGUCGGGAAACGGUUCUACAAUGAGGUGUCGACGAAAGAAGCCGACGACGGGAUUGGGUGGAGCGUCAUGCUGGAUUACAGGACGCUCAAAACCCCCUCAAAGAGGAAUCUCAAGUGCCCAACCCUAGCUCUGGCUAAGGCCAUUGCAGCUGAGUGGGAGUACCAGCUAGCAGAUGGAAUUAGACCAUUUACGAUGCCUCUGAUGAAGCUUGCUUGUACUGCAUUGGAAAGAGUACCGGUCACUAGGACAAAGGUAAUAGAAAAUCUGAUGCAAAAGUUCCAUCAAGAUCUGGUAUUUUGUCGUGCUCCCCGAGACAAUGAUCUUACAAGGGAUCUCCGAGAAUUGCAGGUGGAGAAAUUCAGUCCCCUAAUUAAAUGGGUGGAAUCGGAAUUUGGCUAUAAGCCCGUUGUGUACACUAGUUUCUUUGGUGGAAAGCAGGAAGAUGGUCUUGUUAAGGCUUUUGAGAACGUUCUUAAGAAAACAGAUGAUUAUGAACUAGCUGCAAUCGAUGCAAUUGCUGCUGCUGCACACUCUUUGAUCAUUGCAGUUGGCAUGUUUCGUGGGAAGUUGAGUAUUGAGCAAGCGAUUGAGUUGAUAAGACUGGAGGAAGAUUUACAGGUUGAUAGGUGGGGUUUGGUUGAAGGGGGCCAUGAUCUUGAUAUUGCCGAUCUUAGAGUUCAAAUUUCGUCUGCAGCUGUGUUUUUAGGACUUACAAGAAAACAUUAAUAUCUGCCUUAAUUAUAGUCAGGUAAUAUUCCCAGAGUGAGCUUUCCCUUCCUGGUUACUAAGUGCCAUAUCUUGCAAGAACCAAAUGGUUAGUUGGUGUUUUUUGACAUAGCAAGUUAUGUAUUCGACCUGAAGAUAAUAAACAUAAUAAAAGAAUGUUGAGAAGUCAGAGUUCUUGUGUGUAAUACUCAGAUAUUUCCUGCUCUUUCCUCAUUGUUACUGCACUUUCUUUUUCUUGACCUUUGAAUACUCAUCAUGAACUACCGAGAUAGAUGGGGGUGAAAAGAGAACUGCCUUAUGUACGUGUAUGUCGAUCUUAUCUCAGGACUCAGAUUACAUAUAUGACUCAUUUUUCAUGGAUCAGAUCAUUUCUAAGUGAUUUUUAAUAAGAUUUCAAUGUUGUUAUGUAUCUGAAGUGCUUAUAGAAUUCCUCCACAUUGUUUCAGAAGAUGGUGUAAGUUGAUGUUAAUGUAUAAAAUACAUAUAUGUAUACAUGUAUAUCAUACUUUGCAGAUCAAGGAUCGCCUUUGCAGCACUGGAUGCAGACCGGUGGCUGUGUCGUGAUAUCACAGUAACAGCAGGCUACAUCACAGUCACUGCUACAACCUGCAAGUAAAGCAACCAUCAGAGUAGUUUAGCAAAUACUAGAAGAGUAAGAUGUAUUCACGUCGAGCUAUGCAGAGCGCACCGGUUAGAGUAACGUAUUCAGACAUUCUUAGGGUUUGAGGGUUCACAAGGAGGGGGAGACGGGCAUUUGCUCCGGUAACUCGUGAUACUGGGUGAUGAAAGAUCACUAGAAUGAUCACAUAAACAGCAGCUAAAUUUGUGAUCUUUGUGAACAUGAUGGGUUGUGUGGUUAGUUCUUAGGUUGUUGAGGAUGUUAUGAGUCUAUAUAUAUAAUGGGACCAUAUUUUACAAUAUUGUCAUCCAUAAACUGUGCCAAGAUUAAGAAUUGGGUGUUCAGAAAAGAAUUCUGAUAAGAAUUGAGCCCAUUCUAAUCGUAUGUGUGGAGGCCCCAUCUUUUAAUGAGGCAUCUUGUUUUUGCCGGGAGUUUAAUUUGAACCCGAGAGAGAGAGGUGAGUGAGUCGAGCUCGAUUUAGCUGUACUCGGGUUGGUAGUCUCGCAAGGCUUCAACUCGAGCUUGACAUUACUCGAAUUGGCCUUAUUAUGGUAUGUCAAGCUUGAGUCUAGGGUUAAUUGAGAUUCAGACAUGUUUUCAAUCUGAAAAAUUGAGUUGGGUUUUGCCCUUAAUUGAAGCUUACUAAACUUGGUACUA